AAUCGAUUCACUCAUUCCUCCAAUUUUCGCAUUUUCAGUCUGUCAUUUUUUUCCGGUCUCCCAACUAAAAAUGGAUAUCACUGAACUUGAAUGUCUAGUGUGUAAAGCGCCAUCAACUGAACCACAUUACGGUGCAGAUGUGUGUAGAGCAUGUGCUGCAUUUUUCCGUCGUCGAGUUUUCUCACGUUUCCCAGCUACUUGUGAUCAGCUUGGCUCAUGUGAAAUCACUGGUGAACGUGAAGUAAGGCAGUGUAAAGCAUGUCGGAUGGAAAAGUGCUUGCAGAUUGGUAUGAGGAUUUCAAAUGUUCAAAGCAAAAGGGAUAAGCACGACAAUGAUAAGUUGAAAAAGAAAGACGAAGUUUCGGAGAAAGCGCUGGUACCAGCUUGCUAUUCAAAAGUGAGCAUACUUCCGAAUGAGCUACAAUGUUCUUCAACUUAUGACUACAACAAUAUGCGUCUCAAAUCUUUACAUCUCAACUUCACGGAAAUGCUCCAAAUUCGAAAAGUCAGAUUUCCUAAACGAAGAGCUACAAAAACUCUUCAUCAUGCUGAAGCUUUGACAAUAUUCAGAAAAGAUGUUAGGCUUGUUGUCGAUUGGAUUAACCACACAUUUCCCGAAUUUUCUCGAGUUUUGGAACCAGAUCAGCAAAGGAUUCUAUUCCGGAAUUUUUAUAUGAAAUGGACAGUGUUUGAGCCGGCGUAUCUAGCCGUUUUAUUAGGAAAACCCGACACAUAUCACUUGCCAACAGGUGACAUUGUGGACGAAGUCGGGGUAUAUUAUACACGUCAUUUAUGCACUCCAACUUCUUAUAGCCUAGAUGAAGUAUCAAGAAUAUUUUCCCCAUACUGGGCGGAUUUCCGUAAAACAUUGGUCGAUCCAGUUAUUGAUGCGAAACUUUCAAUUCACGAAUUUCUGCUCCUAUGUGCAAUAUGCCUAUUUGAUAUUGGUCUCGACUAUCAAUCUGAUGAUUGCAUUGAAUUUUGUCAAACAAUUCGACAAGAACUCUUCCGUGAACUGAAUGCUGUUUGCAAGCAAUUGUGCAGUUCUAAUUCUGAAGACUAUUGCUUCCGGUUCUCUAAGAACAUGUUGUUAUUGCCGUCUAUUCAACGAGGAAUCGAUGUUCUGGAAGAGGAAUUGCAACUGGGUGGACUUUAUAAGUUAAUUGCAACAAGAACAGAUGAUUGGUACUCAAUGGUGGACGGUCCAAAUUUUAAGAAAAACGAGGGCUGAAUGGAAGAAUAAUAAUUUAUAGAUUUUUUUUUAAAUUUCCUACCGUCAUGAAUUAUUUUUUAAUUUUGGUAAAAUCAGUAUUUCAACUGACAACAUAGUGUAAUUAAUGAAUGAUCAAAGAGUUCAAUAAACGUGCAAUUUGUA